AUGUCUAUUCGAAGACGUACAAAGAAAGUGGAUAUUUCGAUGCCAACUAAUUUUGAGCACCGUUAUCAUGCAGGAUUUGAUCCGGUUACCGGCCAAUAUCAUGGUUUACCGAAGCAGUGGCAAGCAAUAAUAGGUAUAACUCCAAAUAGACGUGGUCGUCCACGACCGAUGGUUGAUCCCAGUUGUAUAACACCGAUGGAAAUAGCAGAAAUUAAGACAGUUGUUCGUGGAGAUGUGCCACAGUCGUAUCAUAAAGAAAUCAAUUUCGGUGGUAUGCCAAUGAGUAGUAAAUUACGAAAAGAUCGUAAUAAUUUGCAAGAUGGUGUGCGGAAUGAUUUCACACGGACGUUACCUAUCUCAGAUGCAUGGACAAGUCUUCACCAGCCUAUGCAACCAAGGCGUCACGCUCAGCAGCAUUUAUCUGUUAAUUUUCAAAGACCUAAUCCAGUAGAAAUGAACUUACCUCGUACCUCAACAUGGCACAAUGGCUUACUACAGUCUGUGCAUUUGAAACAGAACUCUUCGUAUUCUACACAGUGUGAUCUGGCAAAUGCCGUCGAAGUAUAUCCGGAAAAUUAUGCUUUAUUGCAGCAGUCGAAUCUCCUCUACAGUAGUGGACUACAAGUUGAAAUGAAUCCUCGGCCAUCGACAUUAACACAUAAUGAAGCGUCAGCAUAUAGGCCUAAUAAUUCAACGAUGCAUAAUAAUAUACGGCAGAAACGAGAUCAGUCUCAUAAUCGAUUAUCUCAUGAUGAGUUCCGUGCUGCACUGAAGUUGGUUGUAUUACCAGGAGACCCUCGAGCGGACUUGACGAAUUAUACACAAAUUGGUGAAGGCUCUACCGGUACUGUAGUAACUGCACAUCAAAUAUCAACUGGAAGGAAAAUUGCUAUAAAAAAGAUGAAUAUUUUGAAACAGCAGCGAAGAGAGUUGUUAUUUAAUGAGGUUUUAAUUAUGCGUGAUUACGAGCAUCCUAACGUUGUUGAAAUGUAUGGUUCCUAUUUGGUAGGUGAUGAAUUGUGGGUACUGAUGGAAUAUAUGGAAGGCGGUGCACUAACUGACAUUAUUACCCAAAUGAGAAUCGAUGAACCAGCAAUAGCAACCAUUUGUGUGCAAUGCUUGAAAGCGCUAGAAUAUUUACACUCCAAAGGCGUCGUACAUCGUGAUAUUAAAAGUGAUUCCAUAUUACUCACAAAAGACGGUGUAGCAAAGAUUUCUGAUUUUGGUUUCUGUGGUCAGUUAUCGGUUGAUAUACCACAGCGGCGUAGCCUUGUUGGAACGCCAUAUUGGAUGUCACCGGAGGUAAUAAGUAGGUUGCCAUACGGUACCGAAGCUGACAUUUGGUCAUUAGGCAUAAUGGUCAUCGAAAUGGUUCAGGGAGAACCGCCACUUUUUAAUGUUCAACCUUUACAAGCAAUGAAAAUGAUUCGUGAUAAUGGACCGCCAAAAAUUAAUGAACCUGUGAACGUUUCACCUGAAUUAGCUUCAUUUAUUUCGCAAAUGUUGGUUCGUGAUGUGAAACAGCGUGCUACAGCAUCCCAACUAUUAAAUCAUGAAUUCUUGAAGAAAGCUUGCGAUCCAUCAGUAAUAUGUUCAAUGAUGAAUAUCACUAGAAAUCUCGAAACUGUAUAG